ACUACUCUAGCUCUUUCGAGCACAAUGCUGUAUGUCAGACGCCAGCAGAAGCCACGAUGGAGGCACUGAAGGGAGGGAAAAGAUCGAUUCUGCAAGCCCUCAUGAGAGCCAGCCAAAAGUUGACUCCGCCAGUCCCUACGAUCACCGCUCUUCCCACCAUGAUGAGCUAGACGGCCUCCCAUCAACAGAACAACUCAAAGGCAUCCUCAUCCGCUACGUCAAAGCCGUAAACAGCCGCACUUUCGACAUUUCUCAACUACCUUGGACACGUGUAGCGCCAGGUUAUACAGGCGUCUUACACAACCCCAAAGAGCCUACCACGUCAGCGCAAGCUAUCAUUGAUCAACAGAAACACUAUCUCUCUAUCGCUCCGGAAUACUCGCUCAAGAUUCUGGAUCUGGAAGUGACUUACCUGAACGAGGACACUGGGAAAGCGACUUUGUUCUGGAAUAGUGAGACGAGCGGAUUGUAUCCCGAUGUCAAAAUUCACACUACCGGAAUCGUGGAGUUCAGGAGGAUUGGCGUGAAGUGGAUGGCGAGCAAGUUCCAAGGCGCGAGGGGUAUGAGGAGCCCUGGUGAGGGUGUCGACGUGCCAAUGUUCUAGGCUGUUGGAUAUGCCACGAGGAGAGGGACUCAAUUCUUGUAUCCAGUCAAGUGGAGUCGGAGCCGAUGUGGUGAUGGUGUCGGGGCUCCCGGAUGAGAAGACUCUGUAUAUCUCAGCACGCAUCAGUACCUUUCGUCAUGACGCUGUCAGUCUGUUUGCUGCCGCCAGGCAGAAUUGAGUUCGCGUUGGUAGCGCGAAAUGGCAGGCACACUGACAUCA